UGCGUUUUUGGCUCUAAAGCCCGGAGACCUCCGAAGCGCUCGUCAGUUUUCCAAGUUGGAGCCAUGGCGACAACAGCUCAGUACAUCCCGAGGAAUAACUCCUUGCCGUCCAACCCGCUCAUGCAUCCGGAUUCGGACAGGAUGCACCAGGGGACGACCUACAGAGAAGUGCAAAAAAUGAUGCACCACGAGUACUUGCAGGGGCUCGCGGCCACCAAUACGGGGCAUCCGAUGAGCCUGACGCACCAUCAGUGGCUGCCCACCUCCAACACCGACUGGUCCAGUGGCACCCACAUCGGUCAGCAAGAGCACAAAGCCGGCGUUCAGGCGAGCAGGGAGGACUUGACCAGCGGCUUCCAUCACAGAUCUCACCUGGUGCACCAGCAGUCGCAGAGCGCGCACCACGGUUCGUGGGCGCCCGCUACUACGCACCACCUGUCCCCGCUGUCCCCGGCUUCUAACGGCCACCAGUCGCUCGUCUACUCCCAGCCCGGAUACACAAACCUCAACGCGAUGUUGAGUCCACAGCCGGGCGCCCUGCACCACGGCAUGCGGGAUCCGCUCCACGACGAAACAGGCAGCCACGAUAACCAGAUGGAGUCGCCCCAGCAGGCUUUCAGCCACCACCAGGACCACUCGGACGAGGACGCGCCCAGCUCCGAUGAUCUGGAGCAGUUCGCCAAGCAGUUCAAGCAACGGCGGAUCAAGCUGGGCUUCACGCAGGCGGACGUGGGCUUGGCCUUAGGCACCCUGUACGGAAACGUCUUUUCUCAGACCACUAUCUGCAGGUUCGAGGCGCUGCAGCUCAGCUUCAAGAACAUGUGCAAACUUAAGCCAUUGCUUAACAAGUGGCUGGAGGAGACAGACUCGAACACGGGGAGCCCCACCAAUUUGGACAAGAUCGCUGCGCAGGGCAGGAAACGAAAGAAGAGGACCUCCAUUGAGGUUGGGGUGAAAGGGGCGCUGGAGAACCACUUCUUGAAAUGCCCAAAGCCAUCCGCUCACGAAAUCAGCACUUUAGCCGGCACUCUGCAGCUGGAAAAAGAGGUGGUCCGCGUUUGGUUUUGCAACAGAAGACAAAAAGAGAAAAGAAUGACACCGGUGGGGGUCCCGCACCCGAAUAUGGAGGACGUAUAUUCCCAGGCAGAGACCCCUCCACUACACCGCACACUACAGAGUCCUGUGCAGUGACUGUUUUCAUGAACAAUCCGAGCAUUUAGAGAAAAAAGGAAAGGGUCAGUGGAGCUUUACAGUAUUUAAGUUGAACUUUUGUUGUCCCGAUAGGAAGAGAGAGAAAAAGAAAGAAAAACAAAACAAAACACAAGAUCAGUUUUUCCUUAGUUUUCGGAGAUUAAGUUAAUCAGACAUUAAAAUCAGAGGGGAACGUGAUAGGAAAACAGGAAAAAUCGCUAAACUGAUUCCAUGCGCAUUCAAAUUGAAGCAAAUAUCUUUUAUUUACCCAAAUCAAAGAGAGGAAAAAUAUAUCUAAAGUAAAAGUUGGCUAUACUGAAAUGUUAGACUCGAUCUCUUCCUCCUGGUGCACCAUGAACUCUUGGACAUCAUUAGAAUGAGGUGGUCGUCAGAUAAAUGAUUAUUAACACUGGAGAUAAAUGGCUCACACUGAAUGAAUUUUUUGUGAUUUUUUUUCAGUCUCAAACUGCUCAACCAGAUUUCUGAAUAUGAGUGCACACUUUCAUUAUAAUAUAACUAUUUUUUAUGUCUUUUUGCAAAUACUUUAACUUAAGUGUCUUUACCUGCAAAAAGUGUUUUGAAUUUUGCUCAUCAGAGCAGUUUGUUUUUGUUUAUUGUUUGCUGUUUUUUUUCUGUUUCCUUGAUGGUGGAUAAGUGUUGGAAAAUCGUGAAAUAAACAUCUGUCAGAUACAUUUAUAGUUAAAGUCCGAUGCAACAGAACGUUUGAAGUUCUGAGGGCAUGCCUUAAAAAUAAUAAAUAAAUAAUAAGAAGUUUUCCAACUGAUCACGUCGAAAUGUGCAAACAGCAUCAGACGCUAAAAUGUAUGUUUUUUUUUAAAAUUCGCAUUUUGUUUUUGUUCUUCUUAGAAAAUAUAUUCUUUGCAUGGAGCACUUAUUUUUUUUCGCUAUUAUUAUUGUUAUUAUUGUUUUAUUGUUUGUUUAUAAAAGUGUUGUUUCUGUCACCGAAAUUGUCUGCUAGUCUGAUAAAACUCAAACAUUUCAAGAAAACAUUUGGUCUAACAAUAAAACCGAAGAAUAACUCAGGUAACCGUAGGAUUUAUCACGCCUGUACAUGAUUUGCUGUUUGAAUCUGAUUGCAUCUCUACCAAUUACCUUCGUUCCAUAGAAAAACUGUAUUAUUUUAGAAGGCUGUACUUGGAGAAAAAUGAAAAAAAGCAAAAAAACAAAAAAACAAAACAAAACAAAAAAAAACAAAACAGAACGUUUUUUAUCUAUUUAUUUUGUUCUCUUUCGACUUGUAAGGAAAUCUGAAAAUCUCAUGCGUUGUGUCAUUUCUCAAUGUUGGAUCAGUUAAAAAAAUUAUGAUAAAAAAUAAAGAAAAUAAAUAAUACAGCAGUGCUUUUCAACACUAAUGAGGGAUACUUUUUUUUCCAAGAAAAAAAAAUAAUAAUAAAAAGAAACGUUUUAGAGAAAAUGUUGCCAGGAUUAUUUCCGAUCUGUAAAUAUGUCCAAUAUGUAAACUUGUAUUUGUUCUGAGACAUUGUUUUUGUUUGUUUUUUCUUUCUGUCUUUCUUUUUUCCUUUCUUUCUUCUUUUUCUUUCCGGGCAGUUUUGUACACUUACUAAUUCCAAGAAGAUAUUUUAAUAUGAUUUCAUUUAUGAAUCUGACCAUUUAUAUAUAUAAAUAUUUAUUUCUUAAAAGUGUUUGGAGCUCUUUUUGUUUGUUUAGCUCUAUCGAUGGUUUUGUUGUGGAUUUCCUUUUUUUUCUUAAUGACAUUGGUUGUUUGUUGAUUGCUAAAUGUAGACUGCAAAGUCACAUUUAUAUUUAUGUUAUAGUAAUAUUUUAUUACUUACAUAAAACAUAUAUACAAGAACUGGUCUUUUGUCUUCAUUUGGAUCCAAAACAGUCGCUGUUUUGUUACCGUUUUUUGUAGAGCAUCAGCAGGCAAACAGAAUGAACAUGAAGCUGAGGCAGAUCAGACUGUUUUUUUUUUUUCCCCUGUUUUUCUAUUUUUUUCUUUAGGUGCAGUGAUUGGUUAUGUAACAAAGCAUCGUUUGAAAGCAGAAGCUGUGUGUACAUGUGCUGUUUAAGGGAACUGACAACAGUUAUUUUACCUCAGGCAUUCCCUGCUAACUUCAGUCUGUGACGCUCUUCAAGUCUUUGUGUAAACGCAGAAUUAAAUUGUGCAAUAUUAAUGCGAAAUUAUUGUCUUUUUAUUGUGGUACUCGUAUGUUGUUAUUC